CCUCACCAUCCGCCCGCCCCUGCCUGGCGCCUGAGGGAGGCUGUUUUUCCACUUGGUGCUACUGCUCCAUCCUGCUGUUUCCUUCUCUUUCUGGAGUUAAAACUUCUUAGAAAACAGCGCCAGGCCCCGGCCCUGCUGGCCUCCAGCUCCCUGCUCCCGGUGCAGAAGAAAGCACAAGGCAGCCCGGGGAGGGCACUGCCGGCAGCACUUGCGGAGGGGGCUGCCCUGCAGGCCCACGCCCCGCCGGGGGCUGAAGCCACUGGUUGUUGCCCACAGCUGGCCCCAGGGAACACCCGGCCAGCCACUACAGGGGAUACAAUGGCAAGACCUCGCCCUGCCUUCAGAUGCCUACCAGCCUGCACCCCUUCCUAGGCUCACCAGGAACCAUCGACCUCAGUCUCCGCCUGCUCUGCCCCUUGCAGUUGGUCCCCCAGCCGACCCAUCACUAUGGCGGCCCUGAUUGCAGAGAACUUCCGCUUCCUAUCACUCUUCUUCAAGAGCAAGGAUGUGAUGAUUUUCAACGGGCUGGUGGCACUGGGCACAGUGGGUAGCCAGGAGCUGUUCUCUGUGGUGGCUUUCCAUUGCCCUUGCUCACCUGCCCGGAACUACCUGUAUGGGCUGACAGCAAUCGGUGUGCCUGCCCUGGCACUCUUCCUCAUCGGUGUCAUCCUCAACAACCACACCUGGAACCUAGUUACCGAAUGCCAGUACCGGAGGACCAAGAACUGCUCGGCUGCCCCCAACUUCCUCCUCUUAAGCUCCAUCCUGGGCCGUGCGGCCGUGGCCCCUGUGACCUGGUCUGUCAUCUCCCUGCUGCGCGGUGAGGCCUACGUCUGUGCUCUCAGCGAGUUUGUGGACCCCUCCUCACUCACAGCCGGGGAAAAGGGCUUCCCACCAGACCAUGCCACAGAAAUCCUGGCCAGGUUCCCUUGUGGGGAGGGCCCUGCCAACCUGUCAGGCUUCCGGGAGGAAGUCACCCGCAGGCUCAAGUACGAGUCCCAGCUCUUCGGGUGGCUGCUUAUUGGCAUGGUGGCCAUCCUGGUGUUCCUGACCAAGUGCCUCAAGCAUUACUGCUCACCACUCAGUUACCGCCAGGAGGCCUACUGGGCGCAGUACCGCGCCAACGAGGACCAGCUCUUCCAGCGCACGGCCGAGGUACACUCACGGGUGCUGGCUGCCAACAACGUGCGCCGCUUCUUCGGCUUUGUGGCACUCGACAAGGAUGACGAGGAGCUGGUGGCCAGGUUCCCCGUGGAAGGCACCCAGCCUCGGCCACAGUGGAACGCCAUCACCGGCGUCUAUCUGUACCGCGAGAACCAGGGCCUCCCGCUCUAUAGCCGCCUGCACAAGUGGGCCCAGGGCCUGGCAGGCAACGGCACGGCACCAGAAGGCGUGGAGAUGGCCCUGCUUCCCUCCUGAGGGCCCUGUUCCCACAUUCUUUGCAAGUGACAGUACUUGGUCUCAAGCUGAACUCCGCUGCCUGCUCACGUCAGCAUCAGAAGGGAAUGGUUGGUCUGGUUUUUUUUUUUAACUUUUUGGGGAAACAGGUCAGAAGCAAGGAACACAGAGUAACCUGGGGUGUGGAGAGAGCUAGUAGACAAUGUGGUCCGCUCCGACAGGAAGGCUCUCAGACCUGAAGAAACCCCCUCUCCUGCUUCCACCAAACACUUGGUCAACAGCUUUGGAGAAGAGACCAUUUCCCAGAACUGGUCCUUAAUUAACUAUGAUAUGGACAACUAUUUACCGGUGGGACUCCAAGGCUGGGAAGCUACGGCCAGCAGAGCUGGGUGACAGUGAUAUCCCCGUACGGGGUAUCCUGCAGUUAACGUCUGUGUGACUGCAUAUGACGCCUGGCUCAGCAGUGCUCAGCAGGAAGCUGCCCUCCUAUGUGAGCCUCUGGCUUUAUUUUAUAGACUUACAUUUUUGAUAAAAGUUUUUCCUAGUAUA